AUGGCUGAGGCAGAAGUUGGUGAGCCGGUCCAAAAUGGAGAUGUAAAUGAGGAAGAAGUCAAAACUGAUACUCCAAAUGAAGUGACCGUCGACGCUACUUCCGGCGCUAUGGAAAGCAUAGAGCACAGUGAUGUUGCUGCAGAAGUGAGUGAAGGCACUUGGAAAAUUGACCACUUCUGGAAUAGUUCCGAGGAACAUUUAGUGCGGCUUCAUAGUGGAUAG